AUGGGUUGUAUAUGUGGACGACAAAGUGUGGUUAUACAAGGACAAAAAUUUCAUCUUAUACGACAGAUUGGCGAAGGAAGUUUCAGUUAUGUAUUUGAAGCUCGUAAUACAGCUGAUGAUCAUCUAUAUGCUAUUAAGAAAAUGUCAUGUCAUACAAAUGAAGAAGAAAAACGUGCACAAGAUGAAAUAGAAAAUUAUCAGAGAUUUUCACAUCCAAAUCUAGUCUCAUUACUCUAUCACGAACAAAUACAAUAUAAUCCGAAUUCACAUGUAACAAGUAUUGUUUGGCUUGUUUUUCCUUAUUUCAAGAAUGGUUCUCUUCAAGAUGUUUUUGAUAGACAAACAAAAUUUACUACUCGUGCAUUACUUGAUUUAUUUUUGAGUGUAUGUGAAGGAGUUCGUCAAAUUCAUGAAAAAAGAAUGGCUCAUAGAGAUUUGAAACCAAGUAAUAUUAUGUUAUUAAAUAAUUCUCAUAGUGUUAUACUAGAUUUUGGUUCAAUGACACCAGCAUCAAUUUUAAUGACUACUAGAUCAGAAGCACAACAAUGGCAGGAUUGGGCAGAAGAAAAUUGCUGUGUACAAUAUCGUGCACCGGAAUUAUUUCAUAUAGAAACAAAUUCUCUAAUUACUGAAAAAACUGAUAUGUUUUCUCUUGGUGGAAUUUUAUAUGCAUGUUGUUUUGGUAAAGGUCCAUUCGAUGAUGUAUAUACAAGAGGAGAUAGGUAA